GAAACUUCUAGGAAAUUUCCUCUGUACUAGCUUUUUACUUCUCACAACUUUCCUGGAAAAUGUAUGCAUAGUUGCUUAUUAGUAUUCAUUCAUUCUGGGGAAGAAUAGAAGUUUAUUCAAAAUAGAUGAACCUAGUUGCUGGGGGCAGAAAGUGAGCUAGAAAACUGAUUGGUAAGUGUCUAUUGAUAUCUUUACUCAUCCAAGUUCUAACCAGGCUAUAAUAUGGCUGCUGCUUCUUCUUGCUCUGAUAUCAUCCCUCGGGAGAAGUAUGAUGUAUUUCUUAGUUUCAGAGGCGAGGACACCCGGAAUAGUUUUACCAGCCAUCUUUAUGAGGCUUUAUGUCGGAACAAAAUCCAAACUUACAUAGAUUACAAACUGGAGAGAGGAGAUGAAAUCUCACCUGCCCUUCUCAAAGCAAUCAGCGAAUCGAAGCUCUCAGUUAUCAUUUUCUCCAAAAACUAUGCUUCUUCUACAUGGUGCUUGGAAGAACUUGUGCACAUACUCCAAUGCAGAGAUAAACAGUUUGUUAUACCCAUCUUCUACGGCGUAGAUCCAUCACAUGUACGCAGAAAAUUGGGGAGUUAUGCAGAUGCAUUUGUUAAACACGAGGAACGUGUCGAGGACAAUCCGGACAAGGUGCUCAGGUGGAGAGAUGCUUUGACAACAGCAGCCAAUAUAUCUGGGUUUGAUUCCCAAACUAUUAGGGUCGAGUCUGAAUUAAUUAAGACUGUGGUCGAAGACAUUUUGGAAAAAUUGAACCGCGAAUCGUCAAGUUGUUUAGAGGGCAAGGUUGGAAUCAAAAAAAAGAUUCAACAAGUUGAAUCGUUAUUAUGCCUUCACUCACUGGAUGUCCAGACUCUAGGUAUUUGGGGUAUGGGUGGUAUCGGUAAGACCACCAUUGCUGAGGUUGUAUUUGGUCGUCUCUCUUCUCAAUUCGAAGCUUGCUGCUUUAUUGCAAAUGUUAGCGAAUCAGAAGCGAAACAUGUACUAAAUGAUUUGCGGAAUCAGAUUCUUUGUGAACUACUGCAGAAAGAAAAUCUACGUAUGGCCACUUCAUAUACUAUAUCAAAUUCUGAACGAGAGAGGCUUCGCCGUACAAAGGCCCUCAUUGUUCUUGAUGGUGUGAGUGCUUUCCGCCAAAUACAAGUUUUAGUUGGAGGUGACAAUAUGUUUGGCCCUGGAAGUAGAAUCCUUGUAACAACCAGAAAUAAACGCAUAUUUGGGAACCUUGUUAAUGAAGAUAAGAUAUAUGAGGUUAAGGAAUUAGACGUUGAUGAAGCUCUUGAGCUCUUUUAUUUGAGAGCUAAUGUCUCUUUCCCAGGUGAUUAUACGACUUUUGCAGAACAGGUGGUAGAUUAUGCUAGGGGCAAUCCAUUGGCUCUUACAAUAUUGGGCUCCGUAUUCUCUCAUUGCAGGAGCAAAGAAGACUGGGAAAGUGAAUUAGAUAAAGUGAAAAAAUUUCCCAGCCAAGAUAUCCAGAAUGUGUUGAGGUUAAGUUAUGAUGGAUUAGAAGAAAAUGAGAAGGAUAUAUUUCUCGAUAUCGCAUGUUACUAUAAAGGAGAGCGUAUAGAUUAUGCAAACAGAAUGUUACAUGCCUCUGGUUUCUGUGCGAAUGCAGGGAUAAGACUUCUCAUUGAUAUGUCUCUCAUAUCCGUGGAUAAAUGUUCCAGAUUCAUUAAGAUGCAUGAUUUGAUACAAGAAAUGGGUCAUAAAAUUGUUCGUGAUCAAGGUGUUAAGAAUCCCGGGAAACGCAGUAGAUUGUGGAUUGCUAAUGAUGUCUGUUAUGUAUUGCAAAAUAAUAGGGGAACUGGAGCAAUUGAAUGCUUAGUCAUGAGCCUGGACCACAUUUCAGAUCUUGACAUAAAACCUUCAGCCUUCAAACAGAUGCAUAAUCUAAGAUUACUUAAGUUACAUUUUGAGCGUUACUGCGACCCAAUGUCAUGCGUCAACAAAGUUCACCUUCCUCGAGGUCUCGAGUGUCUUCCUCAAGCCCUUAGAAUUAUGCAGUGGGAUGGCUACCCUUUGAAUUCUCUGCCAUCAAAGUUUUGUGCAGAAAAGCUUGUUGAGCUUCGUAUGCGGAACAGCCGACUUCAGCGACUUUGGAAUGAAGGCGUGAAGAUCAAUCUUGGGAGCUUAAAACAUAUCGAUCUUAGUGACUCCCAGCACCUGGCUGAUGUUUCAGCUCUGAUUGAGAGCCCAAAUCUCGAGACAAUUAUUCUUGAAUGUUGUACAAGUUUGGUUCAACUUCCUUCUUUUCAGCAUCUUGCCAAGCUUACUGAUCUCAAUCUGUACAGCUGCUUCAAUCUCAAAAUUCUCCCAGAGAUGCCAGGCAAUCUGGAAAGCUUAUACUUGGAUGGUACUGCAAUAGAAGAAUUGCCUUCAUCAAUUUGGUGUCUCGAGAAGCUUUAUAGAUUGGGUCUUGAAGAAUGUGAAGAGCUUAAGAAUCUUCCAAGCACCCCUUGUAGGCUGAAUUCGCUCCGAAUUCUUAGUCUAGAGGGCUGCCUCUCUCUUGAGUGUUUGCCUGUCGAGCUCCCUUCUGGGCUGGAAUACCUUUACUUGAGCAGUUGCGAGAGUCUUGGGUCUUUGCCUGUCGAGCUCCCUUCUGGGCUAAAGUCCCUGAGCUUGAGGAAUUGCAAGAGUCUUGGGUCUUUGCCUGUCGAGCUCCCUUCUGGGCUGGAACACCUUUACUUGAGCAGUUGCGAGAGUCUUGGGUCUUUGCCUGUCGAGCUCCCUUCUGGGCUAAAGUCCCUGAGCUUGAGGAAUUGCAAGAGUCUUGGGUCUUUGCCUGUCGAGCUCCCUUCUGGGCUGAAGGAACUGAUCUUGAGCGGUUGCGAGAGUCUUGGGUCUUUGCCUGUCAAGCUACCUUCUGGGCUGAAGAAACUGGACUUGAGAGAUUGUGUGAGUCUUGGGUCUUUGCCCGUGGAGCUCCCCUCUGUGCUGGAGAACCUGUAUUUGAGCAAUUGCAAGAGUCUUGGGUCUUUACCGAAGCUGCCAUGGCUUCUAAACGAUUUACAAGCAGAUGGCUGCAUGUCACUAGAGAGGAUUGCCCCGGUACAAGGUUGGGAUCAAUAUUUCAACCGUUUAAAAGAAUUCAGGAUUGAGCAUUUCGAGCAGCAUAUAUUUAUAAAUUGCCUGAAAUUGGAUCAGAGUGCAAGGAGCAACAUAAUGGCUGAUGCACAGCUUCGAGUCAUGCGAAUUGCAUAUGUCCCAGGCGAAAUUACAAUUGUUUGUCCGGGAAAUAAAAUUCCAAAGUGGUUGAGGUAUCAAAGUGAGGGGUGUUCGAUAAAUAUCAAGCUUCCUCCUCAUUGGCAUCGUGAAGGCUUCAUGGGUUUCGCUCUAUGCAUUGUGGUUGCAUUCAACAACUAUACGCCACCCGAUAUUGGGACUUCCUUCUUGAGUUGUGAAACCCAUCACAAAACUAAUAAUUGUCAAGAACUUCGUCGGAAACCCAUCACAAAACUACCAGAUAAUCUCAAUUCAGAUCAUGUGUUCGUGUGGUAUUUCCGCCCUGAAUAUGUUGUAUUAGAAAGUGCAAUCAAUCGCCAGGAUUGGGUAAAAGCAUCCGAGGCCUCUUUUGACUUCAUAUUGUACAAUAUACUGAGAAGCACCGGAUCUUGCCAGAAAAUAAAUCCUUUUGCCCCGUUCACUGUGAGGGUGAAAAGGUGUGGAGUCUCCUUGUUGUAUGCUCAAGAUCUUGAAAACUUCUUUGGAGGCAUUGAUGAAGAUGUUGUUAUGGAACCAAAACAAGUAGUUGAAAAAGAAGAUAUCAUCAUCAAAACUAAAGAGACGAGGCGGCCAGUUUGAACCUGGUGGAAGCGGAACUGCAAUCCUCAAAGAAGAUGACGGCGAACUACCUCCCCAGAGUAGUAAAAGGAAAAUCAACAUCUUUUGAAAUAGCUAGUGAGUGAACUUGCAUUUCUAUCUUGAUUCUCUUCAUUAUAGUGGAUUAGUGCGCAACUUUGCUCCGCCUUUGCGUUGUUGGUUUACUUGAUUUACAAGGAAUGAAAGAGGGAUUAAAAGCUUUGAGAGAGAAUGAUAAUGGUGAAUCACUGCAGUUCAAGAGCACUAUAACGGAGUUAAUUAGGAGUAAUACGAGUGAGGAAUUGAUGGGAAACGAAAAGGCUAGCUGUUAAUGGAUCGAAUGUAAAGUCUGGCUCUGCCGCUGCUGCAAUUGAGAAAGCAGACAAGUGCUCAUCACAGUUACAACUUCCAAAGUAGAUCAUUCGAGUACAUUUCAGUCCAUUGCAGACGGCGAGACCAUAGGUUCAACUGGUGGAACCUUUGAGCUUGGAUUCUUCAGUCCCAGUUCUUCUACUACGCGAUAUGUGGGGAUAUGGUACAAGAAGAUAUCGGUUACCACCAUUUUGUGGGUUGUGGGUUGCCAACAGAGACACACCCCUCACUGAUUCAUUAGGUGUUCUCACGAUCACACACCGCGGAAUUCUUGUCCUUGUCAGCCAAAACAACAGAACAGUUUGGUCCUCCAACACAUCAAGAACUGCACAAAAUCCAGUGGCUCAGCUUUCCAACUCCAGAAAUCCUGUUGUGAAAGAUGGGAGUGAUAAUGAGGCAGAGAAUUUUCGGUGGCAAAGUUAUGAUAUUACCCAGGUGACACAUUCCUACAAGGUAUGAAGCUUGGCAGAACACAGUUACAGGAUUCAAUAUCAUCGUGGAAAAAUCAUCAAGAUCCUUCUCAGGGCAAUUACACUAUCAACUUGAUCCCAUUGGUUAUCCAAAACUAAUUUUGAGGCAAGGUUCGGUCACAAAAUUUCAGACUGGUCGAUGGAAUGGAAUCCGAUUUAGUGGAAGACCUCAUUUGAGUCCAAACCCUCUAUACGCAUAUGGUCUUGUUUUUUAUCACAAUGAGAUAUUUUACAGUUAUGCUGGCCAACAGCUCAGUUAUUUCUAGGAUGGUGUUAACUCAAGAAGUGGGUUGAUACCACAAAGUUGGGUAGUUUACUUAACAGCACAGAUUGAUAACUGUGAUAGUUGUGCACUUUGUGGUCCAAAUGGCCCAUGUAAUAUUGAGAACUCCCCAGUAUGUGGUUGCUUGAGAGGAUUAGUACCCAAAGUUCCAAAAGAUUGGGACAUGAUGGAUUGGUCAAAUGGGUGUGUUAGAAGAACUGGUAUACAGUGUCAUGGGGACAUAGUUUUCCAGUAGUACACUGGGACCAAAUUGCCAAGCACCAAACAAUCCUGAUUUACCACAAGUACGAACCUCAAGUAAUGUAAGAAGUGUUGUAUGAAGAACUGCUCCUGCAUUUGCAUAUCAGGGAAGGAGUAAGUGGGAGCUUGCUGUGGUUCAGUGAUCUGAUUGACGUAAGAAAUUUCACUGAAAAUGGGCAAGAUAUAUCUAGUUAUCUACAUAUAUAAGAUUAGCUGCAUCAGAGCAAGGGUAUAUUGAAAGAAUGAAAGAUAGACGAAAAAUAGAAGUGAAAAGGCUCUAAAGAGACUCUCUAUGCAAGGAAUCAAUGAUUUCAAAAAUGAGGUUGUACACAUUGCCAAACUUUAGCACAUGAAUCUAGUGAAGCUUCUAGGGUACUGCAUUCAAACAGAAAAUAAAGAAGUCCAAGCUUUUGUUGGUCAUCACUGAGAAACCUUAUAUUUGGUUUUAUUGGUCCAGCUGAUGCAGUUUGUAAUUGCCUGGUGGAUGUCCUAUUUGGCAUGUUAUUUUGCAGAUAGAUCAAAAAGCAUGUUACUGGAUUGGCCUAAGCGCUUUGACAUUAUUAAUGGCAUUGCUCGGGAGCUUCUCUAUCUUCAUCGAGAUUCUUGACUGAGGGUAAUUCAUAGAGAUCUCAAAGCCAGUAACACAUUACUUGACAGAGAAUUCAACCCAAAAAUCUCAGAUUUUGGCAUUACUAGAAGAUUUGCAGAAAAUGAAACAGAAGCAAGAACGAAGAAAGUUGUUGGAACAUACUAUGGAGUUUUGGUGGAAGAGAAACCAAGGAUUCUCUCAUCCAGGCCAGAAUCUCAACCUUCUUGACAUGUGAGCAUCAACUGUCAAGUUAAAAGAAAUUAAUUGCUGUUUGAUUCCUAUUCUUCUAUAUAUUCAGUAAAACUGAAGGUUUUGAUCUUUCCGGCAUGGAAGCUCUUCACAGAAGGCAGAUCCAUCGAACUUCUUGAUCCAUUGGUAGAGACUCCAGCACCCUACAUGAAGUCAUGUGAUCGAUUCAUGUAGGCCUUUUAUCAGUUUAUGUGUGCAACAAAAACCACAAGAUAAGCCAAGUGUGCCAGCUGCUUUUCUAAUGUUGAGUGGUGAAGGUGCAUGAUUGCCUCAACAUCAGAAGCCUGGUUUUUAUAGGAAGUAAUCCGACAGAACUUGAAGUUUCGACAAAUGGUUACAGAAUGUUCAGCUAAUGAACUCACUGUUACACUAGUGGGGACGCGAUGAAUGAUAAUUCAUGUUGAGUAUUCCCUACUUGUUAUCCUCUUGCUUUCCUCUGAUAUGAGUUGGGGCUCAUUUGAAUGUUGAGUUACGAAACACACACUUUCGUUAUCACUUUAAGCCUAGUUAUCAACUUCUCAUUGGUAGCAACUUCAGUCUGAACUAACCUCUGAGUUGAACCAGCCAACUCUUAGUAAAUGACUGUAAAACUGUAAAUGGAUGCCUAACCAGGCAUUUCAACUGAAACUUCCACUGCAACCAUUGUACAUCUCUAUGACUUAUUUACGUGGACAGUUGAACGUGGAACCUCCCUUAACAUUGUGAAGAGAUAUAUGGCGAUCAACAAGUAGUUGGCAAGCAAAGUUACAUUAAACAUACAACUCAAAAAUGAAUCUUUUUGAUUAUAUAAUAGUAGUGGUGGUAUUCAAUUGACCUUUA